CGGGGAUUUCCUCCGUCCGGUUCUGCUGGCUUUCGGAGGAAAGUGAAAGUGAAAGAGGGAACUGGAACAAGAGGCUUCGGGGCUGAGAAGACUGAGGAGAGCGCAGCGCCAUGAAGCCCCUGUCCCUGCUCGUCGCCGUGGCUUUGGGCCUGGUGACCCGCGUCUCGGCUGGACCCGCGGUGAUCGAGUGCUGGUUCGUGGAGGACGCGCGCGGGGGCGGCCUGAACAAGAGGCCCGCGGCACUGCUGCUGCGCCAGGGACCCGGGGGACCGCCGCCCCGGCCGGACCUCGACCCUGAGCUCUACCUCAGCGUGCACGAUCCCGCGGGCGCCCUGCAAGGCGCCUUCAGGCGGUAUCCCCGAGACGCCCCUGCGCCCCACUGCGAGAUGACCCGCUUCGUCCCGCUCCCGGCCUCCGCCAAGUGGGCCAGCCGCCUGACCCCGGAGCAGGACUGCCCGCGGGCCCUGGACGGGGCUUGGCUGAUGGUCAGCGUGUCCAGCCCGGUCCUCAGCCUCUCCAGCCUCCUGCGACCUCAGCCGGAGCCUCAGCCGGAGCCGGCUCUCAUCACCAUGGCAACAGCGGUACUGACCGUCCUCACCCACACCCCUGCCCCUCGAGUCCGUCUGGGACGAGACGCCAUGCUGGACUUGAGCUUCGCCUACAUGCCCCCAACCCCUGCAGCUGCUACCUCGCUGGCCCCAGGCCCUCCUCCCUUUGGACUCGAGUGGCGACGCCAGCACCUGGGUAAGGGGCACCUGCUCCUGGCUGCAACUCCUGGGCUGAAUGGGCAGAUGCCAGCUGCCCAGGAGGGGGCGGUGGCAUUCGCUGCUUGGGACGAUGAUGAGCCCUCAGGCCCAUGGACCGGAAAUGGGACCUUCUGGCUGCCUGCAGUGCGGCCCUUUCAGGAGGGCACCUACCUGGCCACCGUACACCUGCCAUACCUUCAAGGGCAGGUCACCCUGGAGCUUGCUGUGCACAAGCCCCCCACGGUGUCCCUGAAGCCCGCUCCCGUCGUGUGGGCUGCCCCCGGGGAGGCACCCCCGGAGUUGCUCUGCCUCGUGUCCCACUUCUACCCUUCCGAGGACCUGGAGGUGGAGUGGGAGCUCCGGGGCGGCGCCGAGGGCGGCUCGCGGAAGGUCGGGGGGCAGAGCUGGCUCUCCGCCCUGCGCCACCAUUCCGACGGCUCCGUCAGCCUCUCCGCGCACCUGCGGCCGCCUCCGGUCAGCGCCGAGCAGCACGGGGCGCGCUACGCCUGCCGCGUCCUCCACCCCAGCCUGCCUGCCUCGGGGCGCAGCGCCGAGGUCACCCUGGAGGUGGCAGGUCUCUCGGGGCCCUCGCUGGAGGACAGCGUCGGCCUUUUCCUGUCUGCUUUCUUCCUCCUCGGACUCAUCAAGGCGCUGGGCUGGGUCGCUGCCUGCCGGUCCACUCGUCCGGGUUCAGAGGAGAAGAAAACCCAGUGAGGGCACCCGCCACCACCACGCGGACGCCUCCAUCAUCUCUGGCCCGAGCUACUGCAGUGGCCCCGCAAAAUAUUACCGCACCAUCUGCUCCUACUCCCUCGUUUCCCGCCACUGAGUGGCUUUUCUAAAAGACACAAAUCACAGGGCAUUCAUCUUCGAACUCUAGGGCAAUGGUUCUCACAGUUUUUGGUCUCAGGACCUCUUAGAAAUCAUCAAGGACCUCAGAGAGCUGUGUGCAUGACGAGUAGCGCUAUUUACCGUAUUUAAAGCUAUUUACCGUAUUUAAAUGACACGCACACGUCCCAUUUGCUGUGAGGGGGACGGUGUGGCUUCACAUCAGGUGGCUUUCUGGGCAGCGCCACCGCACACUCCCUGAAAAUGAUGCUGGACACGAUGUUGGCGCGAUCCGCUCUUGAUUCUACAUACCCCCCCCCCCCCAGAACUAGACUCGGGGGCCUCGGGGACAGAGACCACACUUGAAGAACCAGGGCUCUAGGGCCAGAUCCAUUCUUCUGGCUCCUGCCAACGUGUCCCCUCGCGCGGGAGCCCCCAGCCUCCUCCCGGCGCCCCUUCCACAGGACGGUUCUCCUUUCCCCCGGUGAGCUCAACGCCGCCCGCCGGGCCCGGGCUCGGGCCCCAGCGCUCUGCCCCCUCUGCUGGUCACCCCUCACGCUCCCUGCGCUCCAGGCCGGGUCAGCCUCCUCGUCCUCCCGGGCUGGGGGCUUCUCCAGGGCAGGCAGCGGCCCGGCGACGCCCACCAGAGGGCGCUCCUCUAAAAGCUGCUGAUGCUGGAGGACGGGAGCGGCGACCGCGCGGCUUAGGGACUCUGAGGGGCGGGGGUCGGGUCUAAUCGUGUGGCAAUAAAGUUGUCUUCCGGUA